AACAAAAUAAAAAUUCAUGCAAAAUCCGUUAACCGUCGUGAAGGGCCGGGCCGGGCCGGGCCACUUUCCGAACCGUGGCCUAAGAUGAUUCCCAAAUUCGCUCAUCCACCUUCAUUCUUCCCCAAACAUUCACUGCAAUUCGAAAUUGUGAUCGGGAAUUAGGGCUCGCAAGUUUCCAACUUGAAGAGCAAAGACAGUACUUGCUACAGGAUCCAGAUUGGGGUAGUAGCGUUGCAACGAGUUUCGAAAGAACAAGUUUUGGACCAUUUCUGAGGUCGAUUUGGUUUUUUACAUUGAUGGCUAGAUCACGCAAUCUAAUGGUUGCUACUGGCCUAGUUGCUUUUGCUUCAGCAGGCUUGGCAUUUCCCUUCUACAUGGCGUCUUCAAAGAAGCCUGUUAUUGACCCAACAAAGCCACUCCCACCACAAGCAACUUUUCGAGGGCCUUACAUUAAUACAGGUUCACGUGAUGUUGGUCCUGAUCAUCAAACUUACCAGAAGAAAUGAAGCAGCAACUUGUGAAUGACCCGAUUUGAGUUAGAUGACCAAGCUCAUAUAUAUAUGCUUAUUGUUUGAAAAUUGAAAGCAAUUUAUUUUCGCCAGUUUGGUGGACUAUAUGGCAUGGCUGGCUGGUUGCUGGAACAGAAUUGCAAAAUGACUUUGAUAACUAAAUAUCAUUUUGAAGUCUUGGAAAGGAGUGAAUGAGAGUUCUUUUCCAUAAGAUGUUUUUCAGUAUGUAUGGUUUAUUAUAUCAUUCUUAGUGAUUUCAAUAAAAAGUUCAAUAAUGUUAUUAAUCAUGCCACUUCUUAUUUGUAUCCAUCUCAUCUGUUAGUUUGCAAAUGAUCAAUAUUAUAUCGCUUACCUUGUCACCAUACAAUUGCCAAAAAUGUAAGCUCUGUAGCGACUUUAGCCUUUGACAAAGCCUAGGUGGUUGCUGCCAAUUGCAGGUUUAUACCUUGUUUUGAUGGAAGAUUUCGCAUGGACUUUGCAUGGGGUAGUGUGUAAAAAAUUGUUUUCAGUUUACUGGUUGCAGUUGGAUGUUUAGUCCUCCUCCUUUAAAUAGAAGGAACGUCUGUGAAGCAAUUCCUUUACUUCUCUCUUUCUUUCUUCUUCUUUUAGUUUAGUUAUGUUUUGCGUUUUUUUCCAGAAAGAAAUCCUGUCAUUCAGUUUUACGUUUUAGCGACUCAGAUAUGUAAGUAUAAGAGAAUGUGUUCUCUGCCAGA